AUGGGUGUUGGCCGGAGAAAGCUGGCCCCACUCUGGGUGCUGGCUCUCGCCCUGGCCUGCGCCCAGCACACAGGCCAGGCCCACGAUGGCUCUGCGGAACCCGGCUAUGAGUACCUGGACCUCCCUUCAGUCCACCAGGGGCCUGGCGGGGACCCACUUCGUGGGGUGACCAUCCUCUCGUCUCUGAGGACCACCCCUGUGAUGCGAGCCGCGAACCCGGCGCACAACGGGCGGGUGUGCAGCACCUGGGGCGACUUCCACUACAAGACCUUCGACGGUGACGUCUUCCGCUUCCCCGGCCUCUGCAACUACGUCUUCUCCGCGCACUGCAGCGCCGCCUACGAGGACUUCAAUGUCCAGCUCCGCCGUGGCCGGGCGUCCAACGCCACCAUGCUGAACAGGGUCGUCAUGAAGCUCGACGGCAUGGUCGUUGAGCUGACCAACAGCUCGGUCCUGGUCAACGGUCGCCUAAUUCAGCUGCCCUUCAGCCAGUCCGGGGUCCUCAUCGAGCAUAGCAGCAGCUACGUGAAGGUGGUGGCCAGGCUGGGUCUGGUCUUCAUGUGGAACCAGGACGACAGCCUCCUGCUGGAGCUGGAUGCCAAAUACGCCAACCAGACCUGCGGGCUCUGUGGAGACUUCAACGGAGUCCCCGUUUUCAACGAGUUCUUCUCCCACAACGUCAAGCUGACCCCCAUGGAGUUUGGGAAUCUGCAGAAGUUGGAUGGCCCCACGGAGCAGUGUCAGGACCCCAUCCCCGUGUCCCUAGUGAACUGCUCGACUGGCUUGGGCCUCUGUGAGGAAAUCCUGAGCAGCAGGCCGUUCUCGGGCUGUAACGCACUGGUGGACGCCAGCAGCUACGUGGAGGCCUGCCAUCAGGACCUCUGCCUCUGCGAGCAAGACAACCUGACCAGCUGCAUCUGCCACACGCUCGCCGAGUACUCCCGCCAGUGCGCGCACGCCGGGGGGCUGCCCCAGGACUGGAGGGGCCCUGACCUCUGCCCGCUGACGUGCCCCCUCAACAUGCGGUACCACGAGUGCGGCUCGCCGUGCUCCGACACCUGCUCCAACCGCGAGCACUCACAGCUCUGUGAGGACCACUGCGUUGCCGGCUGCUUCUGCCCCGAGGGGAUGGUGCUCGAUGACAUUGGCCAGACUGGCUGCAUCCCCGAGUCCCACUGCUCCUGUGUGUACAACGGGGCCACCUACGCGCCAGGGGCCACUUACUCCACAGACUGCACCAACUGCACCUGCUCAGGAGGCCAGUGGAGCUGCCAGGAGGUGCCGUGCCCGGGCACGUGCUCUGUGCUGGGCGGCACCCACUUCUCCACGUUCGACGAGAGGCUGUACACGGUGCACGGGGACUGCACCUAUGUGCUGGCCAAGCCCUGUAACAGCAGCGCCUUCACCGUGCUGGCCGACCUGCGCAAGUGUGGGCUGACGGACAGCGAGACCUGCCUGAAGAGCCUGACGCUGAGCCUGGGUGGGGGGCAUACGGUCAUCGUGAUCAAGGCCAGCGGGGAGGUGUUUGUGAAUCAGAUCUACACCCAGCUGCCCGUCUCUGCAGCCAACAUCACACUCUUCAGACCCUCAACCUUCUUCAUCAUCGCCCAGACCAACCUGGACCUGCAGCUGGACGUGCAGCUGGUGCCCACCAUGCAGGUGUUCGUGAGGCUGGCGCCCGCGCUCCAGGGGCUGACCUGCGGCCUGUGCGGGAACUUCAACCAGAACCAGGCCGAUGACUUCCGGACCCUCAGCGGCGUGGUGGAGGGCACGGCCGCCGCCUUCGUCAACACCUGGAAGACCCAGGCCGCCUGCCCCAACGUCAAGAACAGCUUCGAGGACCCCUGCUCCCUCAGCGUGGAGAACGAGAAGUACGCUCAGCACUGGUGCUCCCGGCUGACGGACCCCCACGGCUCCUUCUCUGGGUGCCACAGCGCCGUGAGCCCCAGCACCUACUACGCGAACUGCAUGUUCGACACGUGUAACUGCGAGAAGAGCGAGGCCUGCAUGUGCGCGGCUCUGUCCUCCUACGUGCGGGCCUGCGCAGCCAAGGGCGUGCUGCUCAGUGACUGGAGGGACGGCGUCUGCGCGAAGCCCACAACCACCUGCCCCAAGUCGAUGACCUACCAGUACAACAUCAGCACCUGCCAGCCCACCUGCCGUGCCCGGAGUGAAGAGGACGUCACCUGUGGCAUCAGCUUCGUCACCGUGGACGGCUGCGCCUGCCCCCAUGACACCUUCCUGGACGACACGGGCAAGUGUGUGCCGGCCACCAGCUGUCCCUGCUACCUCGGAGGCUCCGUGGUCCCCAACGGGGAGUCUCUCCACGAGAGCGGGGCCAUCUGCACCUGCACCCAGGGCAGGCUGACCUGCAUUGGAGGCCACGUCCCCACCUCAGUCUGUGCAUCGCCCAUGGUCUACUUCGACUGCCGCAACGCCACAGCCGGGGCCAGCGGUGCCGGCUGUCAGAAGAGCUGCCACACACUGGACAUGGACUGUUAUAGCUCCCAGUGUGUGUCUGGCUGCGUGUGUCCCCACGGGCUGGUGGCUGACGGCCAAGGCGGCUGCAUUGCUGCGGCCGACUGCCCCUGCGUGCAUAACGAUGCCAGCUACCAGGCCGGCGAGACCAUCCGGGUGGGCUGCAACACCUGCACCUGUAAGAACAGAGUGUGGCAGUGCACGGAUGAGCCCUGCCUGGCCACCUGCGCCGUGUACGGAGAUGGCCACUACCUCACCUUCGAUGGGCAGCGCUACAGCUUCAGCGGGGACUGCGAGUACACGCUGGUUCAGGACCACUGCAGCCGAAACAGCAGCACCCAGGAAGCCUUCCGUGUCGUCACUGAGAACGUCCCUUGCGGCACCACAGGGACCACCUGCUCCAAGGCCAUCAAGAUCUUCCUGGGGAGCUACGAGCUGAAGCUGAGUGAUGGGAAAGCGGAGGUGAUCAGGAAGGGCGCGGGGCAGGAGGUGCCCUACUCCAUCCGCCAGAUGGGCAUCUACCUGGUGGUGGACACCGACGUCGGCCUGCUGCUGCUGUGGGACAUGAAGACCAGCAUCUUCAUCAGGCUUAGCCCCGAGUUCAAGGGGAGGGUCUGCGGGCUGUGCGGGAACUUCGACGACAACGCCGUCAACGACUUCACCACACGGAGCCAGUCCGUAGUGGGCAACGCACUGGAGUUUGGCAACAGCUGGAAGUUCUCCCCGUCCUGCCCGGAUGCCUCGGCCCCCAAGGACCCCUGCACUGCCAACCCAUACCGCAAGUCCUGGGCCCAGAAGCAGUGCAGCAUCAUCAACAGCGCCACCUUUGCCGCCUGCCAUGCCCACGUGGAGCCCGCCAAGUACUACGAGGCCUGUGUGAGCGACGCGUGCGCCUGUGACUCGGGGGGCGACUGCGAGUGCUUCUGCACGGCCGUGGCCGCCUACGCCCAGGCCUGCCACGAGGUGGGCGUGUGCGUGUCCUGGCGGACGCCCAGCAUCUGCCCCCUGUUCUGCGACUACUACAACCCUGAGGGCCUGUGCGAGUGGCACUACCUGCCCUGCGGGGCGCCCUGCCUGAGGACCUGCCAGAACCCCCGUGGCCAGUGCCUGCACGACGUGAGCGGCCUGGAAGGUUGCUACCCUAAGUGCCCAGCAGAGGCCCCCCUCUUCGAUGAGGACCAGAUGCGGUGUGUGGCCACAUGCCCGCAGUUGCCCUGCCACGUCCAGGGCAAGUCGUACCGGCCAGGCGCGGUGGUGCCCUUGGAUGAGAACUGCCAGUCCUGUGUUUGCACCGAGAGCGGCGUCCAGUGCACCUACGAUGCCGAGGCCUGUGUCUGCACCUACGACGGGCGGCGCUUCCGCCUGGGGGAUGUCAUCUACCACACGACGGACGGCACAGGGGGGUGCAUCUCUGCCCGCUGCGGGGCCAAUGGCACCAUCGACCGGAGGGUCUACACCUGCAGUUCCACCACCCCCGCCCCCCAAACCACCUUCUCCUUUUCCACAUCCCCGCUUGUUGUGAGCUCAACACGCCCACCGGGGACGCACCCCAGCCCCACCGAGAGCACUCUGAGCAGUGCCCCACCCACCACGGUGGGCACAUCCGCUAGGCCCACGCCCUCGACGGCUUCCGCCUCACCCCUCCCAGACUGUGAGGACUGCCAGUGGUCUCAAUGGAUGGAGGUCAGCCGUCUGGGACGUGGCAAUGACAGUGGUGACUUUGACCCACUGGAGAAGCUCCGUGCCCACGGGUACCAGGUUUGCCAGGCGCCGAGGGCAGUGCAGUGCCGAGCCGAGGCCGCCCCUGAGGUGCCGCUCCAAGUCCUGGGGCAGCGUGUGGAGUGCAGCCCAGUGGUGGGGCUGACCUGUCACAACAGGGACCAAGCUUCAGGGCUCUGUGACAACUACCAGAUCAGAAUCCUGUGUUGCUCCCCGCUGGCCUGCCCCACCUCUGGUGGUCCAGCCCAGACCACCCCUCCUGCAACCUCCAGGACAACUGAAACUGGGCCCACACCAGGGACCAGCAGGGUCACCUCUGUGCCGACAGGAAGCACAGCUUCCCCAGCCUUUGUCAGUACAGCUGGCCCAACCACUCUCUCUAUAACUAGCAAAACACCUUACCCCUACACCUGCCCCAGUUACCUCUACAACAGCCCCACCUACCCCUACUUCUGCCCCAGGUACCUCUACACCUGCCCCAGGUACCUCUACCACAGCCCCACGUACCCCUACACCUGCCCCAGUUACCACUACAACAGCCCCAGGUACCCCUACACCUGCCCCACGUAUCUCUACAACAGCCCCAGGUACCUCUACACCUGCCCCAGGUACCUCUACAACAACACCAGGUACCCCUACGCCUGGCCCACAUACCUCUACAACAGCCCCAGGUACCCUUACACCUGCCCCAGGUACCUCUACAACAGCUCCACGUACCUCUACAAGAGCCCCAGCUCCGUGUCGACCAAAGCCCUGGGCUCCUCGGAGGUGCCAGGUAAGCCCACCUCACCUGAGCCCACCAACAUCUGUUUACAACAGUCAUGCAACUGGACUCAGUGGAUCGAUGGCAGCUACCCCGGGCCUGGGAGGAACAGUGGCGAUUUUGACACUCUUCAAAAUUUGAGAUCAAAAGGAUACAAAUUCUGUGAAAAGCCCAGCAAUGUGCAGUGCAGGGCAGAGAGCUUCCCGGACAUCCCGCUGGAGGAGCUGGGGCAGGACGUGAUCUGUAACACAGAAGUGGGGCUGCUGUGUCUGAACAAGGACCAGCUGCCCCCGAUCUGCUACAACUAUGAAAUCCGGAUCGAGUGCUGUGAGACAGUGGACGUGUGCAGAGGAAGGACGACCCCCCCGGCGACACCAGAGACCACACACUCGACCCCACACUCAACCGGGGCCACAACCCAAGGCUCCGGGACCACAGCAAUCCCCUCCAUCUCCACAAAACACACCAGGGCCAGCUCAGCACCGGGGCUGCCAACAACAGAGGUCGCAGCCAGCACACCCACGGUCACCACACCAGAAACCACCGCGUGCAGGCCACAGUGCAAGUGGACCAAGUGGUUCGACGUGGAACUCCCGUCCCCCGGGCCCCAGGGUGGAGAGAAUGAAACCUACAGCAAUAUCCUCAGAAGUGGAGAGAGAAUCUGCCACCGGCCCGAGUACAUCACCCACCUGGAGUGCCGCGCCGAGAGCCGACCUGAAGUCAGCAUCGACCAGCUGGGCCAGGUGGUGCAGUGUGACCCCGACGUGGGCCUGGUGUGCCGGAACCAGGACCAGGAGGGCCUGGACGGGGUGUGCCUCAACUACGAGAUCCGUGUGCUGUGCUGUGAGCCCCGAGAAGACUGCACAACCCAGACACCUGUCACACAUCCCAGCACCUCAAGUGUGAGCAUUCAUAGCCACGAGACCACCUCCCACGUGGCCACGUCCAGGGCAACCACUCUGCCAGAAACCAGCCCGACCUCUGUGCAGGAAACCAGCAAAACCUCUGUGCCGAGAAUGAGCACAACCACGGUGCCAGGAACCAGCCUCACCUCUGUGCCAGGAACCAGCCUGACCUCUGUGCACGAAACCAGCAGAACCUCUGUGCCAAGACUGAGCACAACCACAGUGCCUGGAACCAGCCCAACAUCAGGGGCAAAAACCAGCAGGACCUCUAUAACCCACAGCCCACCCAUGACCAACAAAUGCCGCCCAAGGUGCAACUGGACCAAGUGGUUUGAUGUGGAACUCCCAUCCCCUGGGCCCCAGGGUGGAGAGAAUGAAACCUAUAGCAAUAUCCUCAGAAGUGGAGAGAGACUCUGCCACCGGCCUGAGUACAUCACCCACCUGGAGUGCCGCGCCGAGAGCCGCCCUGAGGUCAGCAUCGACCAGCUGGGCCAAGUGGUGCAGUGUGACCCUGACGUGGGCCUGGUGUGCCGGAACCAGGACCAGGAGGGCCCGGACAGGGAGUGCCUCAACUACGAGAUCCGUGUGCUGUGCUGUGAGCCCCGAGAAGACUGCACGACCCAGACACCUGUCACACAUCCCAGCACCUCGAGCGUGAGCAUCCACAGCCAUGAGACCACCUCCCACGUGGCCAUGUCCAGGACAACCACUCUUCCAGAAACCAGCCCGACCUCUGUGCAAGGAACCAGCCCAACAUCUGAGGAGACAACCAAGACCACUUCUGUUCCAGGUACCAGCCCGACCUCUGUGCAGGAAACCAGCAGGACCUCUGUGCCAAGACUGAGAACAACUACGGGGCCUGGAACAACCCCAACCUCUAACCAGCCCGACCUCUUCGCCUGGAACCAGCAGGACCUCUGUGCCAGGGACCAGCCUGACUUCGGAAACCAGCAGGACCUCUGUGCCGAGACUGAGCACAACCAUGGUGCCAGGAACCAGCCCAACCUCUGUGCCAGGAACGAGCCUAACCUCUGUGCACGAAACAAGCAGAACCUCUGUGCCGAGACUGAGCUCAACCAUGGGGAAACCAGCUCAACUGCUGUGCACAGACCCGGCACAACCUCAGCUCCUAUAAUCAGCACCACUUCGGUUCCUGCCCCUGAGAUAACCCACAGCCCACCCGUGACCAACAAAUGCCGCCCAAGGUGCAACUGGACCAAGUGGUUCGAUGUGGAACUCCCGUCCCCCGGGCCCCAGGGUGGAGAGAAUGAAACCUACAGCAAUAUCCUCAGAAGUGGAGAGAGAAUCUGCCACCGGCCUGAGUACAUCACCCACCUGGAGUGCCGCGCCGAGAGCCGCCCUGAGGUCAGCAUCGACCAGCUGGGCCAGGUGGUGAAGUGCGACCCCGACGUGGGCCUGGUGUGCCGGAACCAGGACCAGGAGGGCCAGGACAGGGCGUGCCUCAACUAUGAGAUCCGUGUGCUGUGCUGUGAGCCCCGAGAAGACUGCACAACCCAGACACCUGUCACACAUCCCAGCACCUCGAGCGUGAGCACCCGCAGCCACAAGACCACCUCCCACGUGGCCACAUUCAGGACAACCACUCUUCCAGAAACCAGCCCGACCUCUGUAACCUCUAUGCCUGCCACCAGCCCAACCUCUGUGCAGGAAACCAGCAGGACCUCUGUCCCGAGACUGAGCACGACCACAGUGCCAGGAACCAGCCCAACCUCUGUGCCGGGAACGAGCCUAACCUCUGUGCACGAAACCAGCAGAACCUCUGUGCCAGGAACCAGCCCCAUCUCUGUGCCAAGCACCAGCCCAACAUCUGAGGAGAGAACCAGGACCACCUCUGUGCCACGCACCAGCACAACCUCUGUGCAGGAAACCAGCAGAACCUCUAACAACCCCAACCUCUGUGCAGGAAACCAGCAGAACCUCUGUGCCAAGACUGAGCACAACCACUCUGCCUGGAACCAGCCCAAUCUCUGUGCCCAGGACCAGCAGGACCCUUGUGCCAAGAACAAGCCCAACCUCUGUGCUGGAAACCAGCAGAACCUCUGUGCCAAGACUGAGCACAACUACUUGGCCUGGAACCAGUGCAACCUCUGUGCCGGAAACCCACAGAACCUCUGUGCCGAGACUGAGAACAACCAUGGAAACCAGCAGAACCUCUGUGCCAAGACUGAGCACAACCACUCGGCCUGUAACCAGCCCAACCUCUGUCCCAGGAACAAGGCCGACCACUGUGCACGAAGCCAGCAGGACCUCUGUGCCGAGACUGAGCAAAACCACAGUGCCUGCAACCAGCCCUGCCUCUGUGCCACGCACCAGCCUGACCUCUUUCCUGCCCCUGAGACAACCCACAGCCCACCUGUGACCAACAAAUGCCGCCCAAGCUGCAACUGGAGCAAGUGGUUCGAUGUGGAACUCCCAUCCCCCGGGCCCCAGGGUGGAGAGAAUGAAACCUACAGCAAUAUCCUCAGAAGUGGAGAGAGAAUCUGCCACCGGCCUGAGUACAUCACCCACCUGGAGUGCCGCGCCGAGAGCCACUCUGAGGUCAGCACCGACCAGCUGGGCCAGGUGGUGAAGUGCGACCCCGACGUGGGCCUGGUGUGCCGGAACCAGGACCAGGAGGGCCCGGACAGGGCGUGCCUCAACUACGAGAUCCGUGUGCUGUGCUGUGAGCCCCGAGAAGACUGCACGACCCAGACACCUGUCACACAUCCCAGCACCUGGAGCGUGAGCACCCGCAGCCAUGAGACCACCUCCCAUGUGGCCUCAUCCAGGACAAUCUCUGUGCUGCAAACCAGCCCGACCUCUGGGCCGGGAACCAGCCCAACCUCUCUGCAGGAAACCAGCAGAACCUCCGUGACCCCCCAUGUGACUUCAUCUACCAAUCGGUCACCCCCUCCACAAUCCACUUCCUUGGCGUCUACCGUGAAGUCGCUCAGCUCCCCAGCAUCCUCCCCCUCGACCUGCUAUUGCAACAUUUCCCAGAAAAUCUACCCAGCGGGAUCCACCAUUUACCAACAGACUGACCUCGAUGGCCACUGCUAUUCCGCAGUGUGCAGCCUGGACUGCCACGUGGUCAGGUGGAGCAACGACACCUGCCCCACCAGCGUGUCGCCUCCCGCCCCGUCUACCUCCUCGCCUGGGUCGUCCCCUUCGGCCCCCGUGCCUGACACUAAGCAUGGAUGCUCAAAAUUUGUCCCCCCAAGAACGAAAGGUGAAACCUGGAACACGCCCAACUGCACUCAGACCACCUGUGAGGGCAACAACGUCACCACCGUGCGGCCACGCCAGUGCCCGAAGCAGCAGGAGCCAACCUGUGCCAACGGCUACCCCGCCGUAAAGGUGGUCGACCAGGACGGCUGCUGCCCGCACUACCAGUGCCAGUGUGUGUGCAGCGGCUGGGGUGACCCCCACUACAUCACCUUCGACGGGACCUACUACACCUUCCUGGACAACUGCACGUAUGUGCUGGUGCAGCAGAUCGUGCCUGUGUACGGCCACUUCCGCGUGCUCAUCGACAACUACUUCUGUAACGCCGAGGAUGGGCUGUCCUGCCCGCAGUCCAUCAUUGUCGAGUACCAGCAGGACCGCGUUGUGCUGACCCGCAAGCCAGUCCGCGGGGUGAUGACCAAUGAGAUCAUCUUCAACGGUAAGGUGGUCAGCCCGGGCUUCCAGAAAGACGGCAUCGAAGUCUCUCAGAUCGGCAUCAAGAUGUACGUGAUCAUCCCCGCGAUCGGGGUCCAGGUCAUGUUCUCCGGCCUCAUCUUCUCGGUGGAGGUGCCCUUCAGCAAGUUCGCCAACAACACAGAGGGGCAGUGCGGCACCUGCACCAAUGACCCCAAGGACGAGUGCCGCCUGCCCGGGGGGGAGGUGGUGUCCUCCUGCUCGGAAAUGUCCGGCCACUGGAAGGUGCCAAACCCCGACCAGCCGUACUGCUACGGGCCUCCCCCGACGCCCACAUCCACACCCUCACCUGCCUCUUGCCCGCCUUCGCCAAUCUGCCAGCUGAUUCUGAGCGAGGUCUUCGAGCCAUGCCACUCCGUGAUCUCCCCCAAGCCAUUCUACCAAGGCUGCGUCUUCGACCAGUGUCACGUACCAGACCUGGACGUGGUGUGCUCUGGCCUGGAGCUGUAUGCCUCGCUCUGCGCGUCCCAUGGCGUGUGCAUCGACUGGAGGGGCCAGACCAACCACAUGUGCCCUUUCACCUGCCCUGCCGACAAGGUGUACCGGCCCUGUGGCCCGUCCAACCCCUCCCACUGCUAUGGAAACGACAGCAUCAGCCUCCUGGCCCUUCAGGACACUGGCCCCGUCACGGAAGGCUGCUUCUGCCCAGAGAGCAUGACGCUUUUCAGCACGAGCGUUGAUGUCUGCGUGCCCACUGGCUGCCCUAGAUGCCUGGGGCCCCACGGGGAGCCUGUAGAGCCCGGCCACAACGUCAGCAUCGACUGCCAGGAGUGCACCUGCAACGGGAGCACGUGGAGGAUGAGCUGCCGCAGCCAGCCCUGCCCACCGCCCCCCACCUGCUCCGCACCCGGCCUCGUGCCUGUGCCAGCGGCCCCAGAGGCCGGCCAGUGCUGUCCUCACUACAGCUGUGUCUGCAACAGUAGCCACUGCCCUGCGCCCCUGGACUGUCCUAAAGGGUCCCGUCUGAUCCUGACAUACGAAGAGGGGGCCUGCUGCCCGAGGCAGAACUGCAGCUGGACCGUCUGCAGUGUCAAUGGUACCUUGUACCAGCCCGGCACUGUGGUCUCCUCAAACCUGUGUGAAACCUGCAGGUGUGAGGUGCCCGGCGGCGCCCAGUCGGACACGUUCGUGAUCAGCUGUGAGACCCAGAUCUGCAACACCUACUGCCCCGUGGGCUUCGAGUACCAGGCUCGGAGCGGGCAGUGCUGUGGUGUGUGCGUGCAGGUGGCCUGCUUCAUGAACGCCAGCGACAGCUCUGUCCACCUCUUCUACCCUGGCAAGUCCUGGUCAGACCCUGGCGACCCCUGUGUGACGUAUGAGUGUGAGAAGUACCAGGACGGGCUUGUGGUGGUGACCACAAAGAAGGCGUGCCCUCAACUCACCUGUCCCUCCGACCAGGCUCGGCUGAGCGAGGAUGGCUGCUGCCUCUCCUGUCCCCCGCCCCAACCCCAGACGAGUUUGGCCUGCACUGUCCACGAGAAGCACGAGGUGAUCCAGCAGCAGGGCUGCAACUCCUCGGGGCCCGUGCGCCUUGCCUACUGCCGGGGCAACUGUGGGGACACCACCUCCAUGUACUCCCUGGAGGCCAACGCAGUGGAGCGCAGCUGCAUGUGCUGCCAGGAGCUGCGGGUCUUGCUGAGGAACGUGACCCUGCAUUGCGCCGAUGGCUCCAGCCGGGCCUUCAGCUACCCCCAGGUGGAGGAGUGCGGCUGCGUGGGCCUGCACUGUGACUCCCACGGUGACCGCUCAGAGGAGCUGAGGCCCGUGCAGAGCAGAGCAGAGCAGAGUCAGGAGAGAGAGCAGACGCGCCAGAGAAGAGGGGCCCGGGGGCCUGGGCCCCACCAGUAGACGCCCGGCGCCCUGUCCUCAGGGCCCAGGGUGGCGUCCCUCCUGGACUCACCAACAGGGACGUCCUCUAUUCCCUGUGAUCUCAGCUUCCAAGGCCAGUGGAACCUGAGCCCUCGUCCGGGUGACCUGAGUCUAGGAUGCACUGUCCACCUACCUCUUCCCUCUCCAGGGUCCAGCGGGCCCUGGACAUGCAGUGGCUCUGACCGACUUGCAGCCACCUGCUCGGGACCAGCCUGGGGCAGGCAGGCUCCUCUGGCCGUGGGUCCAGCCUGCUCUUCUAGACUUAAGUACCACGUAAGGGUCUUAUCAAUGAUGGUCACUCGGACAUGGUGAUUGGCUGCUCAGCCGGCCACCAGGAGGCAAAGCCUCCCCUAUCUCGGCCCUGGGCCAGUUUCAUAAAUAUACUUGGAGCAUUUUGCAA